GAGUAUUACGGGAAAAACGUAAAACUUGCAAAUUAAGAGUGAACAUCAAGAAACCUUUCUCUUUAUAUAUGUUGUUUUGUAAAUAUACUCUUUAAUAUGCAGAAGGACUGUGAUGAUGUAACAUUUUUGAUUGUUGGUGGUGGGAUAGCAGGUGUUAGUUGUGCCGAAACUUUGGCAAUUUGCUGCCCCGAAGAAAGUAUACUACUUUUGACAGAGUCGCAUAUUAUUAAGACGAUAUCUAACCUAGAACCUGUUGCUCGAUACUUACAAAAAUUUGAGGUACAUCAACGUUCAUUGAGUGCUACGGAUGAAAAUGGAGGCCGUUAUUUACCACCAGUAAUUCGUACACAGAUAGAUAAGUUGCAGUAUCUGAACGGUAAUGAACGCUUUAUAAUAACUAAAAAAGAUCGCAAAAUUCGUUACCGUUAUUUAUGCUUAUGCACUGGAGGUCAACCGCGUCUUAUAUCUGAAAACAAUUCCUUGGUUUUAGGAAUACGUGACUCUGAUUCAGUAUUAAAAUUUCAAAACAAUCUUAAAACUGCUACCAACAUAUUAUUGGUAGGCAAUGGGGGUAUUGCUAGCGAGUUGGCGCAUGAGCUUAAAGGCGUUAAUGUUCACUGGGUGAUAAAAGACAAUCACAUAGCUUCAACAUUUGUGGAUGCAGGGGCAGCUUAUUUUUUUCAACAAACGUUUGAGAAAGGACAACAACAAAAUGACGCGAAACCCGAAAGUGUUGUAAAACGUUUGCGUUAUGAUGAACUAAAAGUUAAGGACAAAUUAACCCCAAACGAUUCUAGAACCCAUUUGAAAGGUGGCGCAGCUUUGGGUCCCGAUUGGCAUCAGCAUUUUCGCUUACAGGGAUCAUUAAAGGAGCUUGAAAAUUAUAACAAACCCAUUAUACAUUACAACUGCCAGGUUUCAAGUAUGGUGCCUUGUGAGGAAAAUGAUACUCGUUACAUGCUUGUUACUCUGUCUACUGGUAAACAAAUUAAAUGCGACUUCUUAGUAUCGGCAACGGGAGUAAAUCCCCGUUUGGAUUUCACCUCUGAGCCAGCCUUAGACAUAGAGGAUAACGAUGGGGGCAUUAAGGUUGAUGAAAUGAUGCAGACAUCUACCCCAUUCAUAUACGCAGCCGGUGACGUCUGCGCCGCUUCUUGGCCGUCGACCGAUCACUGGUUUCAAAUGCGUCUAUGGACUCAAGCGCGUCAAAUGGGAUCUAUGGCUGGACGUAGUAUGGCUGCUGCGUUUAAUAGUGAAAAAAUAUAUCAAGACUUUUGCUUUGAAUUGUUCGGUCAUGUUACGCAAUUAUUUGGAUAUCCUGUGGUGUUAUUGGGACGAUAUAAUGGCCAAGACUUAGGGUCAAAUUACGAAUUAUUGCUACGAACAACCCCCGGAAGUGAAUACAUUAAAUUUGUAUUACAGAAUGGCCGUUUACGUGGUGCUAUACUAAUUGGCAACACGGAGUUAGCGGAAACUUGCGAAAAUCUUAUAUUAAAUGGCAUAGAUUUAACACCUUUUGGAGACGAUAUACUUAAUCCCGACAUCGACAUUGAAGACUACUUCGACUAAUGGCAAAAAAAUCCUUGUGGUAUAUUAAAGUGUAAUUGUUUAAUAAUAUAAUAACCUUAAUAGCUAAUUUCCACU